CGUACUAUAAAGAUCACACACGACACAACUUCAGGAACACGUCGGCACACAAAGAAAACUUCAACAGAGAUGCUGCAGAUUGAAUGCAAAGGUACACCCUACGAGAUAGGUAACCAACAGGGUUUAGCCCUCUCCCCUCAAAUAAGCUCGACAAUAUCCUUCUACGCCUCCCUUUUCUUCAAAAACUGCAACCUUACCUGGCCCCAAGUGCGUCUGCGCGCGCGGGCAUUCGAGGAAACCGCAAAGGAGAAAUGGCAAGCCUAUCACGACGAGAUGCGCGGGAUUGCAGACGGUGCCGGCAAGGAUCUGUUGGAUAUCGUGGCGAUCAACGUGCGGACAGAGAUCAAUUUUGGCAUGUGGGGGGAUGGGUGUACGGCGCUCGGGUGGCGGACCGCGGGAAGAGGAGAAAAAGUGUGGUUGGCGCAGAACUGGGAUUGGAUGAAGGAGCAGAAAACGAAUCUGGUCAUUGUUCGAAUCACUCAGCCUGGCCACCCGACUAUUAUCCAAGUAACUGAAGCUGGCAUUAUUGGGAAAAUCGGGUUCAACUCUUCAGGCGUCGGGACCCUACUCAAUGCCAUCAGAGUCCCAGGAGUCGACCCCACGCGCUUGCCCGUGCACUUUGGUUUGCGUAUGGCUCUUGAGAGCACCAGUGUAGACGAAGCUGUGAAGAGGCUGGAAGAAAAUGGCAUGGCAGCUUCGUCGCACAUUCUUCUGGCAGACCCCAUCAACGUGCUAGGCUUGGAAUUUACAAAAAGCACAUUCGCGCACUGCCGCUCAGAUGAUAGAGGAAUAGUAACUCAUACAAACCAUCUGCUGGAAUCGCACCCCAACGAAAGAGAUACCGUGUGGCUCAAAGACUCUCUAGUUCGUCUCCAAACCAUGCGACGGAGCAUGGACAAAUUGACCGAUACACCCGAAUGGACUGACAUCAGCUCGCUGUUCGAAAACGAGGAAAACUUGCCCAGCGCGAUAUGCCGUUUAGAGACCUUGGAGAGUGGAAGUGAGACGUUAUUCAACAUAGUCAUGGACUUGAAGGCAAGACGAGGGAUUGUGAGAGUAGGACGGCCUACGCAAUCGGAUGAGACCAUCGCAUUGGAAUUAUGA